GAUUAGAUAUGUGCGGAACGAUUCAUUUAUUUAUGUGAAAAUCUCUGUUUUACCCUAAUCUAAAAAACGCCUCCAACAGUCCAACAGCUACUUCCUCCCUCUUUAUUUUCCCAUCCGCCGGCCACCAGAGAAGUGCUCCUCCCUCCGUCGACUCGUGCAGCGCCGCCGGAGAUAUACUCCUCCAGUUAAUCUUAACCGGCGGUACCUUCUUCCUCCGUACCUGGUGCCACCGCCGUCCUUGCCGUCUUUCGCUUCCCUCGAGCUUUCAAGGAAAAAUCCUUCGUCCGUCGACACACAGUUGGUUCUAGAAGGAUUCCUUAUUAAUUAUAAUGCCACGAAAGCCAACAAGAAGAACUCAUUUACAAAAGCCUCAACAUGCUUUCUCUCGCUUGGGUCGUUCCAUGGCCUUAAUUUUCUCUGCACGAAAGGCCAAACAACAAAAUGACAUAAAAGCCCCUUUCAACUCAACAGGUAGAAAAAAGGAGAAACAUGAUAUCAUAGAAUCAAAUAGAGAAGUGUCAUGUUCUUCUUCAGAAAAUGAAGAUUCUUCUUCAGAAGAUGAAGAUGACUUUGAGGGAGCUGUUCAAGUAGAUUUUGUCUUCUUUGACCCAAAGCCUGAUGAUUUCCAUGGAGUAAAGGUCUUGAUGCAGACUUACCUUGAUAAUAAAGAAUGGGAUUUGACCAGUUUUGUUGACUUAAUAUUGCAACAAACUUCAGUGGGAUCAGUUGUUAAAAUAGAAGAUGAUGAAGAUGAAUCAGUUUAUGGCUUUGUUUCUGCUUUAAAUUUACAAAGAUAUAAGGAUUGUAAAUGCAUGAUGGAAGUGAAAGAGUUUUUGUUAUCAAAGUGUCAAGAAAAAGAAAUAAAAGAAAAUUUAAAAUCAUUUUUAGGGGAGAAAGCAGCUGAUGUUGGUCUUUUGAUCUCACAACGUGUUGUAAAUCUCCCUCCUCAGCUUCUCCCAUCAUUGUAUGAUGCUAUUUUUAAUGAAAUCUCUUGGGCUACAGAAGAUGAGCCUACACAGGAGCUUAGAAAGUUUUUCUGCUUCAAGUAUUAUUUAUUGAUCAGCAAAAUUUAUAAGCUUAAGAAUGCUGACAAGAAAAAGAAGGGAAGCAGCUCAAGUGAAGAGGCUAUAAUUUACUUGAAGCCAGAAGAUGAAAUAUUUCAUAAUCUAAGUGCAUGGUCCUUCUGCUUUCCCUUGCGCACCCAACAGGUCACCACCAAUGAGCUGAAAGAGUAUCGAUUGAUGGGUUUAGUGAUGGCCGUUAAAGCAACCAGUGUUCCAACUUUUCGACGUCAGUUACGUUCGUUGAUAGACGAAUGAUAAGUUUUUAGAAAGUACACAUUUAGCCCUUGCGGAUAUCAUUUCUUCAUUUUCUACCUCCAAGUUUCUGUUUAGAAUUUUUGUUUCCCUCAUCUUUUUCUUUAGAAUCAAAUGGACAGUUUUUAUUGUGCAAUGGAUAUGAGAAAAAAUAUUGACAAAUUAUGAUACGGUCUGGUCUUGUAGAUUGUACUUGUUAUACAUUGGACAUGGCAAGAUUGAACAAACUUUAUAAGGCUA